GUCACGAAAACGAUCCACGAACGAAAAGAGUGCUUGGCAGCUUCGAUCGCGAUGUCUGAUGCGCCCAAGCCUCGCUCUGCUUUUUAUGCUGCCAACACAAGCCAAAAGAGUGAGUGAGUGAAAGAACCUUCCAUCCCUAAUCCGAAAGUGUCGCAAACCCACAAAAAAUAGGGAAGCGAAGCGGUCGCGAAGUUCCGAACGACAUUUUUUUGACAGUUUUUUCAGUGUUUGUAAACACAUUAAAAAUCAAUAUCCUUUUUUUGAAAAAUCCUUCCGGUCAGGCGAAGAAUUUCGUGAAAUAUUUGUGUGUCGCAAGCUGCAGUGGCAGCAGUACAUUUUGGUGAAGGAGGAGGAGAAGGCAUCAAGAGUGUUGGUCUGGGAAAAUAGUGAGCAGCUAUUAGAUGUGAAGUUUUUUUUUUCGUGUUUCUUGAGGAGUUUGAUUCGCUUUCUCGACGGCCAACGUGAGCAUUGCGAUUUGGUGUAGUCGGGUUUGCUGUAGCUGGUGUUGCUGCUGCUGCUGCUGCGGGGAAGGCGAACCUUGAGAGCCUCGCGUUUUUGUGUUCCUCCAUACAUCUCUUCUUCGUUGUCGCAGCAGUUGUCGUAUUCGAGACAUUGGUGUUGCGGUGGAUAGUAUAUUGUGCCAAGGCUUACGGCUCGUGAAAGGGCAUCGACCGAGACGGACGGUGGUGCGACCGUAAAAGGAACAACCGCAGCGAAUGGGUUAACAACGUUAGCCGUAGAGGAGUUCCAGAACCAGGAGCAAAACAAAACAACACCGCUAGAAGAAUGGAACAACUGCAGAUACAAACGACGGAACUACCGUUCUGUCGGCUAUGCUUCACUCAAGGUAUCGAACUGUACGAGAUCUUCCCAGGCGCAGGCAAUGACAACGAAUCUCUGCUCAUCAAGAUUAUGGACUGCGUUACCGUGGCCAUAACGUUCGAUGAUGACUACAAUUCAUACAUCUGCGCCAAGUGCGUUACCACCAUCGAAGAGUUUUACGAAUACAAGGAAAAAUGCAAGGAAAACGAUACACUUCUGCGCGAGAAGCGAAAAUCGGUCGACCAGACUGCAAUCUACAAUGUGGUCAACAUGCAACCGGAAGAGGAGGUCGUCAACGCCAACGGCAGCAAUGGAGCAGUCCAGGAGUUGGCCAUCGAUGACCAGCAAAUUGGUCUCGAGCAUCGUAUCAGUAUAGAAGGUGGAGCCCCACUCAAUGGCAACAUAAUCGAAUUCAAGAAGCAACUGUUCACCGCUUCACCCGAACAGCUUGGCAUUUGGAUUUGCGUCGCUUCCGGCAGUGACAUUCAAUGUCCUGCGAUGAUUCAGGUCGACGAAAACGUUCAGGUCGUAGCAGAAAUUGGACAACACAACCACGGACUUCCAGUAUCGGUAACUGAUAAUCCUCCACAAGACACGAAACCUCAGAUGACUACACCGGAACCCCAACUACAACAACAGCAGCAACAGCAACAACAACAACUACAACAAGAACAACAACAACAACAGCAACUACAACAACAACAACAACAACAAGAACAGCCUCAACAGCAGCAGCCACAAGUACCGCAACAACAAAUCGUUGUUACUGGAUCGACGAAGGUUUCCGGUGCCGCUAGCACCAGCACCACUGCUCCAAGUUGUGCCAGCAAGAAACGCAAGUCGAAAGACCAACCUAGUAAGAGAAAAAUCUCCAACGACAUCCUCGUUGGGGACGGUUGGCUUGUGGACGUUGAAAGUCAACAGCGUCAUCACUAUCAACUCGUCACAAAGGAUGGCUAUCAAACGUUCCUGAUCUUCAAUGGGUAUCGUUUUCGCACCCAGCAGAAGAUCCGUAACGGUAUUGCAUCGUGGAAAUGCGCCUGGAAUGGACGCAAGGGAUGUCAAGCGAUUUUGCACAUCACCGAGGACUACCAGAAAGUGAAAGAAGUCGGCAAUCCACACAAUCAUGAACCGUCAUUGCGCGAUCGGAUGAUAUGCGGUGGCAAACCGACCAACGGCAGUGACUCCAUGCUCCUUGGCUCUGAUGGGGAGGAAAGUUUGCAUGCAGGAUCUGAGUUGCAGCACAUUACCAUCGCCGCAGCAAUCGCAGGACACGGAGCCACUAGUAGUAACAGCAACAGUUCGACACUGGGCAAUGCCGUGACGGCUACAAUAACAGGAGGUGGUGGCCCGAGUUCCACCAUCGUCACCAGCAAUGCAGUAUCGAAUCUCGACGUGGUAACAACAUCGGUGAGCCACAGUUCAUCGCUGGAGCACCUGUCCACAUCCGAGAUCGUAGAUUUCGUUCAACAGAGCAGCAGCGGUAGUGACCAGAUGGUGACAACGGUAGUGGAUGCCGAUUCGCACCAUGCGGCCGUCGUCGGAGGCGUCGGGUCUGUCGUCAGCGUGGUGGACGACGACGUGGGUAAAGACGACACUGCAAUGCCGAUGGACAUUGAGGAAAUUAUACGUCCCCACGUGGUUCUGCAUCCGACUAACGAGUAAUUGGAAUACGGAAGAACCGUGAAAUGCGAAUGGAAGGAAAAUUAUUAGAAUGACAAGAAAAAAAAAACAGUGCGGAUAUUCUCAACCCUAAAAUAUAUAUUUUUAAAUUGUGUAGCAACGUGAGCGCAGGAUCCUAGGGGUUUUAAGCAAGAAGACUAGUUUUUAAGAAGUACGAUUAUGGAUAAGCAUAAGGAGUCGGAAAGCAGUAUAAGUAUGAACGUAGCCGGUAAGUAUACAUCUAAGCCUCUUUGUGUAAAUUGCCAAACUUAAUAAACAGUAAUAAACUACAAUACAA